AGUGAACGCGCAAGGCAGCGCGUGACCGCCCUCCUCCUCCUCCUGCUGCUGUUGGUUGUCAGUAGUGGUUGGAGACAUGGCUGCGCUCAGUAAAAUACCGCACAACUGCUACGAGAUCGGUCACACUUGGAACCCGUCUUGCGUGCAGUCUGCGGUGGACGUGGCGAGGGGUGCUCUCGAGGUCUCAUUCAAAAUAUACGCCCCCCUCUACCUGGUGAGUUUGACACGUUUGACCUGCAGCAUUUGCACUUGAAGACUUGGAGGCUAAAGUUAGCUUGCUAACCAGGUAGGGCUAACAAACAGCUAGUUGGUGAGGAAACGUUGUAAAGUUAAAGAUUAGCCGGGCAGGUAAUCAGGGUCUAAGUUCAAGUACAAAGAGAGAAAGAAGGGGGAAAACAAUACACGAUAUGUGUUGACAUUUAGAAACACAGUUAUACUCAUAGAUAGUUUGUAAUAGAAGCUAACUAACAGCCCCUCAAAACACCAUCUGAUAAAUGUUCAGUUAUGCAAACAGACAAGAUACAGCUAACUCGUUUAACCAGUUAUUUAUCAUCCCUGCAGUUGUGCUUUUCUCUAAUCCUAUAAGGCUGUUAAAACAUUAUUAUCAUCCCCAAAGGCAAACAUUCAUGAUCAUUUGCAUCUUAAAAUUUGAGAUGAUCUUCUAAUCAGAUGUGACUCUGAGCAGACUGUCCCCUCACCAUCUGUCUGUCUUUUUGUCUGUGCAGAUAGCAGCAGUCCUACGAAGAAGGAAGAAGGAUUAUUAUUUAAAAAGGCUUCUCCCUGAGAUCCUGUGGUCUACCUCUUUCCUCACUGCCAAUGGAGGUCUCUACAUCGUUUUCUUUUGCAUUCUCAGGUUAGUAGCUCCAGUUGACGCUACACAGAGAUACACACUUCUGGUCAUGCAGUUCAGUUCAGGAUGCUUGUGGAGAUGAUCCGAUAACCUCACGAAAACAAUUUUGAUGCUCUCAUUUGUGACAUAUCAAUUAUAGACUUAAUACCAGUGUGCAAAGAGGAAGUAAGCUGUUUUUGUUAUGGCCAAUUCAGGGUAGUUUUCUCUCCCCCUCUCUGACUGAGCUAUCUGCAACCGGCACUGAUUUGCUGUUCUAAACAAAAUCUCUCCGGCAACUACUUUAGAGGAACUAAAAUCAGAACUUCCCUUUGUUGCAGCAACGCUCAACUUGCUGUAAAUCAGAUAUGGGCUGGGUAAAAGACUGACAUCAACAGGGGAUUUCUUUACUCUGAUUUACACUAAUGUUUUUUUUACAGAAUGCUUACAUAAGGGUUCAUAAACUUACUCAAUGCAUCUGUGGGCGUGUGUAGAUCAUACCUGCCAACAUUUGGGUUAUAAAAUCUGGGAGAUUUUUGUGGUACGAGCCGGGCAGUUUUGGGGUUACCUGGUAGAUAUGAGCCAGUUAUGAGAGUAUUUGUAAUUAGACUGCUUAUCCAAAUAAGUAUAAGUGAAGCUGCACACUUUUUUUUGUUUUAAUAAUAACAAAUGGUAAUAAAAAAACAAUAGCUACGAUAUGCCUUGAACUUAUUUAGUCCACUAAUAUCAGUGUUGAAGUCCUCAUAUGUUUUACAUGCUCUCCCGUAUGAGGCUCUCUGAACAUCUGUACAGCACUCUUUUGUUUGAGGCUGCCCUGAACGCAUCACUCUGAGACGGUGCAAGACUAUCAAUGUAAAUGUUGUAUCUCGCGUUUGUAUCCCUUUCAUUGAAGUGUACAUUUUGCAACAAACACUGCUUAAAUAUAGUUUACAGCUUAGGAGGUGGGCGGGAGAUAGGUCUGAAAUACGGGAGAGUCCCGGGAAAAACGGGUUUGUUGGCAGGUAUAGUGAAAAUGUUAAUCACUCAAUUUUGAGGUUUAUGUAGCAGCAUGAACAAAGCAAACUCACACAUGUAAGCCAAGUAUUUAGUUCUGUUUGUGCAUGGCGUGUAUCUCGGUGUUCCUUGUAAAACUUCCAAAACUUCCUUGUAUAUAAAAUUAAGUGAACAUCCUUUUGUUUAUUCUUAAGGUUUAACAAAUGUGUGAAUAAUCUUUGAUGAUUCCAAAAAGGUGUUUAUUAAGGCCUCCUUAUUUACCUGUGUUAUUUUCUACUUAAACAUCAAACAGUUGUUGUGGAAUAACUUUUUCCUCACUUUAGGAAGCUGUUGGGAGGGUUCUACUCCUGGUCGGCUGGGUUUGGCUCCGCUCUGCCUGCAUCAUAUAUUGCAAUCCUACUGGAGCGAAAGAGCAGGUGAGGUUAAUAUCUGUGUUUAUGACGUAUUUCUUGGUUCAUUUGCUGUCUUGAAGCCACUGUAUGAGUCCCAGUAUAGAACACAUUUUUAAAGUUGCACUGUUUGUGGCAUCUUAAAGGGAUAGUCUGGCGUAAAAUUAAUUUAGGGUCAAACACACCCUAACACUGAGUUAGACACCCCAUAGAGAAAUGAAUGUUGCAGACUGCUUGCUUCUCGAGUUACACCAACUUUAGAAACGACCACAGGAGAGCAAUACACAGCGGUCUGAGAAGCCAUAAACAAACCUGAACCAAAACGCCACUCUAUAGCCACAAAUAAUGCUCAGAACAGCAUCUAACUUCAUCAACAGUACAUAUAGGGUUCCAGCCUCAGCACUAGCCACCAAACAUCUUUUUAACUUUGCCUAAUUUCUUUAGCAAAGAGACUAAACACAACUCACCUACUCUCCUCCAGCAGCUGCUUGUUUGUAGGGAGACCUCAGUCCAGUCCAUCAUCGACCGAGGUGGGGUGUCACAGCUCAAGGAAGAACAUUUGUGAUCAUUACUUUAUCAUUCUCUUGCAGUAAUAAUCACCAUAUUAAUCAUUUUGCACUGCAGACGCAGUAGUUCUUCUGCCUUAGCGUCUCGGUCAGAUUGCAUUUCCAUGAAGAAAUGAUCAUAAAUGUUCUUCCUUGAGCUGCGACACCCCGCUGAAGUCUGUAAUGGACUGGCCUGAGGUCUUGCUACAAACAAGCGGCUGCUGGAGGAGAGUAGGUGAGUUGUGUUCAGUCUCUUUGCUAAAGAAAUCAGGCAAAGUUAAAAAGAUGUUUUGUGGCUAGUGCUGUGGCUAGGACCCUAGAUGUACUGUUGAUGAAGUUAGGUGCUGUUCUGAGCGUUUUGGUUGAGGUUUGUUUAUGGCUCCUUAGACCGCUGUGUAUUGUUAUCCUGCAGUCGUUAAUAAAGUUGGUAUAACUAGAGAAGCAAGUGGUUGGCAACAUUCAUCUUUGAGGGGUAGUCUAACUCGGUGUGUUUGACCCUGACUUAAUUUUACACCAGGAUAUCCCUCUAAUUAGGUGCUCCACACACCUCAAAUAUAAGACUUGGUUUUGCAAAAAGUUAUUCUGUUUCUCUUAAUAAUCUGUAUGUCUGUCCUUUUUCUUCCACCACCAGGAGAGGGUUGCUGACUAUAUACAUGACAAAUCUUGUAAGGCCUACAGUUCAUUUAAGCAAAAAGCUUUAUAAUACAUGAACAGAUAUCUGCUUUUGUUUAAAUGAAAAAUGACUUUGUUAUUUUCCUUCAGGCCAUUGAGACUUUAUUCCGCAUGGCAGUGACACGUGGCGUUGUCACACCAAUCAAACAUGGAGAGGUAAGCUGGAAGGCGAGGUUUACAUGAGUUGCAAGUAAAGGUAGUAUGUAUGAUGUGUGGGUGUUGAUGCAAAAUAGAGUUUGUUAACAUUGAUAAUUACGUUAAAUAACAUUUGUAGUCAGAGUCCUGUGGGUGUCUUGAAUAUUAUCCUGAUGCCCUUUUUUGUGUCUGUUUUUUCCCAUUAGGUGCUCUUGUUCUGUGUGACUUCAUCACUCUACAUGUUCUUCUUCAGGUCAGAGCAGAACAGUACACAGGACCUAUUCAUACACCGGAAGGUGAAACAUUGGCCGUUUGGUCAUUUAGGACUGCCUCAAACUGUAAAAAAACCAAAACCGGUUUUACCUAAUCCAAGUUUGAUUUGUUAUUCUUCUGCAGGAGUAAAGACGGCCUAAAAGGCUUUGCAUUCUCUGCGUUAAAGUAAGUUUUUUAAUGUUCAUGCUUUACGUUUCUUUCUGUCAGCUUUCAGAUGAGCAAACAGGUGUCAUGUGCAUGAUCUGUCACAGGUUUCUCAUUGGCAAAGAGGAGAUUCCUACUCACCCUGUCACAGCAGAACCCAUCUGCUCGAGGCCCGUGGAGAGAGCUGCUGCUAUAGACACUGAGGACUCUGAGGCAUCAGUAGAAAGACCAAGCUCAAGGAGGAGAACUCUGAUAGCCUACACCAGGGAGCUGCUAGAAUCAAUGUUAGAGGAUACAAACAUGUAAACAGGCACACAUUAACUCCACAGAGUGCGUAGUAAUGACUUUAAUGUUUCGUAACAUUCCAGAUGCAAAAAAGGUCCAAGACACAGAUGCUGUAAACAUUACCAGGACAACUGCAUUUGCUACUGUGUCAAAGUAAGACUCUAAAAUACUUAUAUUUUCCUUUAAUCGCUUUUGACAAUACAGUGUUGAAUACCUCUCUGUUUACUUCUGUCGUCCAGAGUUUUGUCAGGAUGUUCAGCGUUGGAUACCUAAUUCAGUGUUGUAUCAAAGUGCCGGCAGCGUUCAGGCAGAUGUUCUCUAAGCCCUCACGGCUCCCCUCCCUCUUCUAUAAUAAAGAGAACUUCCAGCUUGGAGCAUUCCUAGGAUCUUUUGUCAGCAUCUACAAGGUAUUUGUGCUCGAGAUACGUUUUUCUGUCUGAUGUUUUCUUUUCUGUUACUUAUCAGGUUUUUUUUAGGGUGUGAAGACAUCUCAAUACAACAACCAGUACUCAAUCUUAAACAAUGUUUUAUUUUAUUAUCUGAUGUCUCCUCUGUUUUUUUCCCCCUAUACUAAAUGUCACUUGUGUUGUUAUGUGAGCUUUGUGUUUUUACAUGUUUUUUUGCUUUUCUUUCACACAGGGAACAAGCUGUUUGCUGCGCUGGCUGCGUAACAUUGAUGAUGAACUCAAUGCGCUGAUUGCAGGUAAAACAACAAUAGAUAAAGUUCCCAGAGGAUCAGUCAUCCUCCUGAUUUUGCUCUGUCCCAGCUUAUCAAAUAAGUUCAGUCCACAACUUUUUCCCUUUUUCUCUAUGUCUGUCAAGGUUUCCUGGCUGGUACUUCAAUGUUCUUCUACAAAAGCACCACAAUAUCCAUGUAUCUCUUUACAAAGCUGGUGGAGGUAAGGGAAUGUCAAAAAAAACAAAAACAAAGAAAAAGAUCAAAUUUACACUCAGUCUGUAUCCAGAUCUUAUCUGUGUCAUAACCCAGCAAAUAUUUUAUGCUUCUUUGUUUUCAGACAAUGUACUUUAAGGGGAUCGAAGCUGGUCGGUUUCCUUACUUUCCCCAUGCAGACACAGUUCUGUACGCCAUCGCCACUGCUAUCUGUUUCCAGGCUGUAAGUAACACAAGCACAAACAUUCAUACCAACUCACAUCUUUUUUUGUCGAGUGCGGGAAUAAUAUCUGACCCCUUCCUGCUCCACAGGCUGUGAUGGAAGUGCAGAACCUCAGGCCAGCAUACUGGAAAUUCCUGCUGCGUUUAACAAAGGGCAGGUAGGAAUAUAUACAGAGGAAUCUCCCAGCUGGGAAACACAUGUAUUUUGUUUCUUCUCAUAUAAGAAUCUACUCCUUUGUAAAGAUUAAAGACAUUUUAAUUAUUAGGUAUCCUUUUGAAUAAGAAUAGACUGAGUACAGAUGACAUGAAAUUUGACCUAAAAGGAUUAGAUGUACAGUUAACUCAGUGAUCUUUAAAAGGACUUUACUGAUGGCAGUUACAUUCCUGCUUAGAUAACAUCAUAUGAACCCCCUACAGUGUAUUUAUGUAAAACUGCAUCACAAUUUUUAUCCAUUUUAUUCUUACAGUUUUCAUUACUGUUGAAUAUCCUAACAGAUUUCAUAUGACAGGGUUACAGAUUAGAGUUACGAGGCUAAUACUCUCCCUGUUGACAGAUAAGCUGUGUUUAAUUUAAAGCUUCUAUGUAGAGUAUUUGAUGGGUGAUGAAACAGACUGGAACGAACAGUGACGCGUCUAACACUAACAAUGAAAACUAUUUUCACAAGGAUGGAUAAAUCAGUAAUGGUGUAAGGGGUACCAGUUAGUCCACAGGGGCGCUAAAGUCAACACAGAAAGUUCCUCACUAGAGCUUUAAUUUAACUGUACCUUAUAAAAAUGAAGUUUUUUACUCAGUCUGAAAUGUAAAGCAGGUGAUAGGGGCUUUUGAAGCACUAAUUCAUUCAAAAUAAAUCUCCUUUUAUGUGAAGGAAAUUAAAUCUGAGGUUGUUUUGUAAAUUUGUAAGAUUAAUUGAAUGUUUGCUCUCUUAAAUAUAGUGAAAUUAAAGUCUGAUUGACUUUUACAAAGUUAACUUCUGCUUCUCUGAGGAAGAUUUAUUUGGGUCCUGGGUCCACGAGUGGAAUUCAUUGCAUUAAAAUACAAUUUGUAACAAAGAUAAAAUUCAUAAAGAACAACCUUUACCCGAAUAGGCUUCAAGCUAAGUUGUUAUUUUUACUGGUCCUGAUUUUCUUCAUUGUUGCAUCUUUCAUUCUUGUACUCAUUUGAAGCAUUUCUGUCCGUGUCAACAUUCCCGGUGUGUGUGAGAGAGGUGUGUUUUUUCUUUCUCAUGAUGACAGAAGAAUGACUCUGCGUCUCUUCUUGUAAGGUUUGCUCUGAUGCACCGACAGUUGCUUGAUGUGUUUGGGACUCAGGCCUCCAGGGACUUUAAAGGCUUUGCGCCCAAACUGGACCCUCGUUUUACCACAGUGCUUCCACCUGGAGCAGACUUCACACUGGGAUGAUGAUUUAGGACCAGGCCCUCACAGACGCUAUGGGGUUACCUCAAUGGAAAACAGAUGGUUAGACUGUUUUGUUUUGUUGUUAUUUUGAGUCGUUUAAAGAUUUUUUUUUAAGGUGAUGUAAAAGUUCAGCUGUCACAUUGAUUUGAAAAGAUGUGAUGUCAUUCGGAGGAUAAAAAGGUCCAAGAUCUCUCUGAAACAGAGUGUCCUGUCAGGUGGGUUAAAUGUGUCGUGUUUUAUACCCCUGUUUGAAGUCAUGCUGGUGAGAGAUGAACCACACCACAUUUUUAAUUGACAGAUACAUUAGCGGAAGUAUUUGUUGUCCUACUGAGAGCCUUAACAGUCCAAGGACAUAUCAGUAAUACGAAACCCAUCUAUAGUGAGUGACAUUUUUUAUUCUGAAAAUUUGGCUCAAUGAAAAUUAAAUUGUCUCUUUUGAAGACACCGAUUGUAUUUCUAAAAUAGUUAACUUUACAGUGACACAAACAAAUCAACCUUAUUGGUUAACUGGAAAUGAAAUCUGAGUUCAUGUAGGAUUCAACAACAUUCCCUUUAUGUUUUUUUUUUUUUUUUUUUUUGAAAAUGGCUCAUAGAUUUAUCCUCAGUGUAUUUUUUUUGGCUGUUUACACAUCACAAGGCAAAAACUCACAGACUCAUCUUCAUGAACGACUGAAGGGAAUCCUGAUUGUGACUUUGAUUCGAGAACAGAUCGAGACUCUGGUCUCCCUGAUCAUUUCAGAAUGUUUUGAGACUGAUGAUUAUUUAGCCUUAUCAGAUAAUCUAUUGUGUAAUAGACAAUGGGGAGUACAUUUAGAUUGUGGUAUAUGAUGUGAAAAUAUGAUGGAAACAUUUGUUGUGGACUUUGAAGGAUUUCUAAAUGCAGUUGAAUUUCCAUCUUGAGUUUUAUUUUUCCAACUAUAGCAUUUAUUACUCUGGAGAGAAUCGUGUACGGAUACUUAAUGGAGUAACAUAUAUUAUUAUAGAGUAUAAAGUGAGAAUGUUUUAACCUCAGAGGAAAGAAUUUGGUAGAAGAAUAAAACAGCCUGUAAUUUUUAAAUUUGGCACACUUAAUUGAAAAGGACUUACUUUGACACAAGUCCAUAAAUUUCAGGGACUCUAACGUUCAUAUGGUCUCUAAGAUUAACGGUGUGGUGUUUACAGAGAGUUACAAGAAGUCAUUGGUACAGUCAGCCCCACUUAUUCUUGUCUUUUGUCAUCUUGUUUUGGUUAUCUACUGCAAACUGACAAAGAACAAACCCAAACAUGGUUCGCUUACGUUCACCCGCGGCUGUUUUGAUGUAUGUACAUAGAUACUUCCCGUCAGCUCCACAGUGAACCCUGUCCCCACAUCGAUCCAGAUAGGUGUACUGAAGAGUGUGCAUUAGGAUAACUAGGAAUCAUCUAUUACAAUAAAAAGCACUCGGCACAAUCUUUUCUUCUUGAUUUCUUUUGCUGAGGGACGAGAAUAUCUGCCAGGAAGAUGUUUCAAACCCUCAUGUUCUCACAUUCAAAUCAAGUUCUCAAAUGAAGUAACAGGGACAGCUGGGUUUCUGUUCUCAACACAGUUCUCAACACAGUUCUUCAACAUCAAGCGCACAAUAAACGACUACUUCAUUCCACGUGUGAAAUGUUCAGUGCCUGUUUACUUUCAAUUCAUCACCCUUCUCCAAUCCAGCUUUACACACAACUGACCUCCACACCAGAAGCCAUGAUUGUAGACAGGUACAGUGCAAAAUACUCUUUAAAAGUGAAAUCCAUGUGUUUAAAAAACGAUUUAUGAACUAAAUCUAUCUCACACAAAUAAAGUAGAACUCUGUAAAUGUCAUGAUCUAUGUCGAAGGGUGUUUAUUAAAAUAUUUUUGAUUUGAAACGCU